AUGGCAAGUCCGUGUUUACAGAAGCUACCAGCGGUAGAACAUCUCUUUGCUCUCACGCCGGAGAUACCUUUCCAAAGGCAUCCCGAGUAUAUGUCAAUCACCAAGGAAGCAAACGAGUGGGCAUUCAAAUGCAUGAGGAGGGAUUUCAGUCCGGAGGAGAAGAAAUGCCUGGUCCAGUGGAAAGUUCCAAUGUUUACGUGCCUCUCCACGCCUCACGCUCCAAAAGCCAACAUGGUGGCGUCGGCCAAGUUUGCCUGGCUCACUGCCUUCCUGAACGAUCCGUUUGAUGACAACGAGGUUGCUGCGGGAGCUCUCGCGACAUCGUAUCUCGACACUGUUCUUAGCCUCUGCUAUGGAACCGCAUCGCUCGCGGAAGUUCCGGACAUUCUUGCCUAUCGAGCGUGCCACGAUCUGAUGGAGGAUUUGAGGUCUCUGUUGAAGCCGGAGCUGUUCAAGCGCACGGUUUCCACUGUUGAGGGCUGGGCGAGAAGCAUCUCGAGUGACGACUUAACGCAGGACUACGAGCUCUACCGGAGGAAGAACGUCUUCAUUCUGCCACUCAUCUACGCAAUGGGUGCUUCGUUUGACGAUGAGGAUGUUGAGUCCCUGGAUUACAUCAGGGCUCAGAACGCUAUGCUCGAUCAUAUGUGGAUGGUGAACGACGUCUUCUCGUUUCCCAAGGAGUUUUACAAGAAGAAGUUUAACAAUCUUCCGGCGGUGCUGCUGCUCACCGAUCCGAGCGUGCAGACGUUUCAGGACGCCGUGAACACUACGUGCAGGAUGAUCCAGGACAAGGAAGACGAAUUCAUCUAUUACCGUGAUAUCCUUGCCACGAAUGCGUCCCGGAAUGGGAAGAAAGAUUUCCUGAAGUUCCUGGAUGUUCUCUCCUGCACAAUCCCAGCGAAUCUGGUGUUCCAUUAUGCGAGCAGCUGCUACCAUGGCAUGGAUAACCCCCUACUGGGUGGAGGCACGUUUCGUGGGACUUGGAUUCUGGAUCCAAAGCGCACCAUCAUCGUGUCGGACCCGAAAAGGUGCAACGUGGUGAGAGAGGCUUUGACAAACUGGAGUACCUUGGGCAAUCGUCAAGGUCCAGCUCCACUGCUGAUUCACAUGUCAACUGAAGCGUGCAAGGUUGCUGGCUAUGACAUUCCCAAGGGAACUUCCACAUUUGUCAAUUGUUAUACAAUUGGAAGAGAUCCAGCAGUAAGGGAGGAUGCACUGUGA